UUUAGUUUGGUUUAGAUUUUCUUUUAUUGAACGUUGUCCUUUCAUUCCUUUCUAGCCUACACGACACGUUCACCAAGACAUCAUGGGUUUGUUAAUGUCUAAAUUGUUUAAAAACCGGGAGAUGAGAAUAUUGAUGUUGGGUCUUGAUAACGCCGGGAAGACCACCAUUUUGUACAAGCUCAAGCUUGGGAAGACAUCCAAGACUGUGCCAACGGUAGGGUUCAACGUGGAGACCGUCAAGCACAAGAACGUUUCGUUUGCCGUAUGGGAUUGUGGUGGACAAGAAAGAAUCAGACCGUUAUGGAGACAUUAUUUCACAGGGACAAACGCGUUGAUCUACGUGGUUGACCUGUCUGACUUGGACCGGUUGGAGGAGUCCAAGAAGGAAUUGUUGCGUGUGAUCAGCGACAAGGAAUUGAGUAAUUGUCUUUUGAUUGUGGUGGCCAACAAGCAAGAUGUACCAUCGGCCAUCAAGCCAAAGGAAUUGAUUGAUCGAUUCGAGUUGAACAACUUGUCUGGCGAUCAUACAUGGUCGGUCAUCCCAACCAUUGCCAUUGAUGGAACUGGUCUUGUGGAGACUUUGAACUGGAUCUCGAACCACAGCAAGUGAAGCGGUGUUUAAUACUAUGUAGACUGGUAUC